AUGAACAUCGUCCUCUCCAGGGACAGCCAGGUGAGGGCCAUGGAGAACACGGUGACAAAUGCUGAGAGGUAUUUCGGUCAGUUCUGCUCACUGCUGGCCUCCUACACGCGCAAGACGGCCCGGCUGCGUGACAAGGCUGACCAGCUGGUGAAGCAGCUGAUAGACUUCGCCAACACAGAGAACCCCGAGCUGCGGACCACCAUUCGAGACUUCGCCGAGGACCUGGCCAAAGUGCAGGAUUAUCGGCAGGCAGAGGUUGAAAGGCUGGAGGCCAAGGUCAUUAGCCCCCUGAAGCUCUACGGCACCCAAAUAAAGCAGACCCGGGCAGAUAUCAAGAAAUGUAAACGUGUCCAAAAUAAUGAGAUUAAACAACUGGAAAAGCUGGAGAAACUGAGGCAGAAGUCACCCUCAGAUCGACAAAUGAUCAGCCAGGCGGAGACCAGUGCACAGAGGGCCUCGGUGGACACCAACCGUUCUACCAACCACCUGGUGGAGACCGUGGAUGCCUUCCAGGAACAGAAGCUGAAGGACCUCCGGAGAAUCUUUUCUGACUUUGUGACCAUCGAGAUGGUUUUCCACGCGAAGGCGGUGGAGGUGUAUUCCAGCGCUUUCCAGACCUUGGAGAACUAUGACCUGGAGAGAGACCUACAGGACUUCAGAGCCAAGACGCGUGGAAUUUACGGGCACAGCGAAGCUCGGCCACUCACAGACACCAACCCCGCUCCAUCUGUCCCCUGGCCUCUGGCCAGCCAGAGUGCUCGGAGUACCAUGGCACGCCAGGGGAAGGAGGCUGGAGAUGAAGAGGACAGUGAGGCUGACUCCGUGGAGGAGAUCCCCCUGGAGGACUUCAAGGGACAACAGCAAGGACAUUGAGACUAGGAAGAGGAUCCCAAUGGCAGGUGGAAGGCGUAGGCUGGCCUGGACCUUGGUGCAUUCUGCUUGCGUUCUCCGGGUCAGCGAC